CGCAUUGGAGAGGGGGCGGGCGGACCACGAAGAUGCCGAUGCGCCGGUGUCCGGAUCCUGGGGCUGUCUCGCGCCGCGGGGGCGAUGAGUGUUAUUCUCGGCGCCCUGAGACUUACCUGCUGGCUAUCCUGCCUCGUUCUCCUCAUCGUUCCGACCUCACCCCAACCUGGGGAUGAUGACCUUCGGCAUUCAACGGACGAUGCGGUCUACGACGAGGAGCCACCCCUCUCACCGGAGGACAGCGACGAGGAUUUCAUCGACGCAAACACAACAGAAAGAGGACUAUACCUUGGCUCACCGUGCGACCUCACCUGCAAUCCGGAACUUCAGCAUGUAUUCUGCGAUCCAAUUACUGCUCAUUGCGAGUGCGAAAAAUUCUUCCCAGUCAGGCUCGGUCCUGCGAAAGGAUGUGCCAAACCUAAGAAACUUGGUGAGCAGUGCUUUUAUCGGGCCACCUGCACGUUUGCCGAUCAGUACGCGACCUGCACCCAGGUUCAGCACAACGCUAUUUGCGAGUGCAAAACGGGGUACCACAGAGUCGCGCUAUCGCGGCCCAGCAAAAAAGUCUUCUGCGCCGAGGAUCUGGUGCUGAUAACAACAGACGUACCAACGCUGCUGGGCGUCGCUUCAGGCCUAGCGAUCUUCACGGCCCUAAUCUGCUUUGUCCUGAAACUAUUCAGCAGGGCGAGAUAUACGAGACCAAGACACUACGCGAACGCAAAUCACGCACCACCCAUGCUAUUCUCAAGCGAUACGGGUAUACCAUUGACACUCCACGGAGGUCGGCCGUCCUCGCGAUCUAGCCAACGCAGCGGAAGCGCCCUGGCCUCUGCGUUCUCCAGGAGGCCGAGCAGCGGCGGAAGUCGCGGGCCCCUGGUGCCCGCUUCGCGAGCAGGUGCGGCCCGGGCCGCCGCCAUCUUGCUUAUAUCGUGCCACCUCCAAGCGACAACGAAAGGUGGUGGAAACGGUGGAAACAGGCAUCGACGGACCCUUAGCGACGUUGCUGAGGGAUCCUCGGACGGCCUCGGUUCUCGUCGACCUAGCUUAGCCUCGAUUCACAGCUCGACAUCCUCCGCGCGUAGCUACAGCGCCCGGAGACUUGAACGCGAGAGAAACGAGAAGGAACAUCGACUCGCUCUCCAGGAACUCAGGCUGCAACGUCAACGGGAACAGCAACAGUCUGCGCCAACUCCAAGCCCCAGGACACCGCAUUCAACUGACGAACUACUUCCGUCGGUGGACGAGGUUGCCGAGCAAGUGCCAACAACGUCGGGUACGUCAGGAACAACGACAACAACACCACCGUUGGCUAAAGAAGCGAAUGCAAUAUCCACCUACAACGGGCCUUGCACAUCAGCCGACAGUUUUCAAGUAUAGCUGAAGAAGACUAAAAGCUGCGAUAGUUACGGUUCGUGUAAAUAACUGAUAAUUUAAAUAGGACUACUAUACAUAUAUAUACACACAGACACACGCACACACACACACACACACACACAGAGAGAGAAUUUUUCACUAUAAUUCUGAGCGAAUGUUUCGAGUCACUGAAAAAAUAUGCACUCGAAGAAAGAAUAAAAGAAUAAUAAUAAUAAUGAAAUAUAUUGUAAUAUUUGCGGCAGAGAGAAGAAGAUAAAAAAAAACAGAAUACAAAAAACAAAAACGAAACGGAGCUCUUAUAUUUAUAUUCUCCGGAGAAAUCAAAUUCUAUCAAAAAGUGUCACGCACUUCCCGAUAAAUACUUUAAUUACAUAAUCUGUCAUUCGUCUAUGAAAGUUAAAUUAUCGGUUACAUUAAAAAUAAUCCGAAGGCUCUCGAUUUUCUUAACCAUUUCGAAUAACAGAAAGAGCAGUAAUAAUAAUACAAGCUUGUAGUUAGAUAUUUAACUUAAAGAAAGGCGGACAUUGAAAUGAUCAAAAAUCAAAUUAGUAAACGUGCGUUAUUAUGUACAAAAGAAUUUCGCUAUGAAUGACUUGCUCGGAUUUUCAUCGACGAUUCUUUGCAAGUCCAAUCGUAGCUUCUUUCGCGCAUAAAAAAAAAAAAAAACAAAAAAAACGCGAACAUUAUAUACUAUGAUUAAAUUUAAGUCCAAUUAUAUUGUAUAAUACUCUAAUGUAUUUCUAUAUAGGUAUACUUUAUUAUACCCGCAUAUUUAUUAUAUAAAAUAUUAUUUAGCUUUCAUUUUAACCUGCAAGUUUACUUGUGCGACUAACGAUUUUGGAUAGAAUUAUACACGGUAUAAUAAAAUUGCAAAGAAAUUUUUUAACAAAUAUCCGUAUAGUGAGAUUAUUCAUUCGUUUGCGGUAGAAAUCGCGUGGAGUGAGAGAAUUUAUAUGGAUUAUGCUGGAAUAAAAAAAAAAAAAAAAAAAACAAAAAAAGAAAACAAAACAAAACUAUGAAAAUGAAAACAAAAAAAAAAAAAAAAAAACGUUGGUGUUUAAAUUAUACAUUCGGUGUGGAGUAAUUUUUACUGAAUAAAAAAAAAAAAAGAACAAAAAAAAGGAACGAAAAAAAAAAAAGAAAACCUUUUCUCCGUUUCUCGUUUGUGAAUUCGGAAAACGCAG